CCGAAGACACACCACUCACCAGGCACAAACCAUGGCGAUGGCCGGACCGUCCACCACUCUCCCUCCGCCACCGCCGGAGAAGGCGGUCGAUGUCCUCCCCGUGGACAGCCUCCGAGACAUUCUCCGUCGCCUCUCUCUCGCCGACCUUCUCCGUGCCGCCCUCGCCUGCCACCGCUGGCGCCGCGUCGCCUCACGCUGCCUCCCCCGCACCGCCCCUCUCCUCGGCUACUUCUUCCACCCCACCGCCACCGGUUUGCCGCCGCCCAUGCACACGGCAUCCAAGGAUAUCGUCAUCGAAACCCCCGCCGUCUUCUCUCCCAUCGACGCCUCCGCACCGAACCUCUCCCUCGACUUCGUUCCGGAGGCCUCCCGCUUCGUGCUCCACGACUGCCACCAAGGUCUCCUGCUUCUCGAACCGCUCGGGUCGCUCCCCAAGGGGAUCCUCCCACGCCUCCUCGUCAUUGACCCGGCCACCCGCCGCCGCGUGCUCCUCCCGCCGCCACCGCGCGACACGGUGCCCGACGACCAACGCUGGCGCCGCUCUAGGCACUACGUCGGCUCCGCACUCCUCUCUCGCGCGCACCCGAGCAAGCUCUGCUUCGAGGUCGUCUGCGUCUCCGUCGACGGCGGGCACCCGCGCGCCUGGGUCGUGUCCGUCGACGACGGCCAAUGCCACUGGCGCGCGCUCCCGCGGACUACCGAGGUGGAGGUCAGUUUCGACCCCUGGUGGUUCGAGACGCGCUGCGUGCACGCCGCCGGGAAGCUCUACUGGCACAUCUGCAACUCCGGUCGCGUGCUGGCGCUGGACCCUUCCACGCUGCACUUCUCUUACCUGAGGGCGCCGGCGGAGCUGCCCAGGUUCGGCAAUUACCGCGUCGGGGAGACGCCGGACGACGGGCGGCUCUGCAUCGCGACCGUGGAGGACCAGGUGAUGCGGGUCUGGGUGCGUGGGGAGACCAGGUGGAGCGACGACAAUGGGUGGCAUAUGGAGAGGGAGAUGAAUCUUUCAAAUGUGUACGACACGGUGCCCGGCCUGCCCAAGGACAAAUGCCACAGGAUCUUCACUAUUUGGCUCAGCGACAUGGACGCGGGGCGUACCGGCAAGCUGUUCAUCAGAACCAUGGGAUAUGGGCGCUACUCCUUAGAUCUGGACACCGCCAAGAUGGAGCGCCUGCACACCAAACAUGGCAAGGAGUACGGGGACCCGAUAUGCGCCUACUUCCUCGCGUGGCCGCCUGCCUUCCUGGCUCCAGAGAACUGACUUUCUGGUGAUUGGUUCCUAACUUCCGAGAUGUGGAAGCAGCACAGUUUUUGCUUGAAGUCAGCUCACAUCCUAUCACCUCUGGGCUCACUGAUGCCAUCCUUCACUCAGCGCGAGGACGAAGAAACGCUCCUAUUACCUUAUUUGUUAGAAGUCUAUCUAAGCAAUGUCGCCAGCUCCAAUAUUUAUGUAAUUUAUCUAAGCAUCAUUUGGACUUGAUAUUCUCAAAACUGCUAUCUGAGCAUCCUUGAUAUUCUCGUGUCGCAUGCGAGAAAUAUUUAUCGCACUUUUGACCGUUCU